UCCGUGCUCUUUCCCUUUUCAGAAAGACCACUUCACCACCAAACUCGACUCCAACUCCACACCUGCGACUCACCAAACCUGCCUGCACGACGGCAAAAGUAGUAUAGGCCGCGAGCUUGUGGAAGCAUUGGUGAAAGCACCUUCUUUUUCCUCUCUUCUUACCCCCCACUCACUCCCUUGUCUGCUUUUCGUUAUCUUCCUUCAUCCGCAUCCCAGGAAAUGUUUACCCAUUAAACCAUCCCAGUCAUUCCUUUUCUGUAUCUUCCCGCUCGGCGCGCGGCCUUCGUCGCCAUGGACCUGCCACUCUUUGGCCUUGUGCCCAAGGCCAGCCUCAGUAUCGCUCUGGGCGUGGUGAUCCACUCUCUCAUCACCAUCGCCCGCAAUCCCCGCGGGGCCUGCAUCCCGACGCUCUUGUAUCGGGCUUGCCUGGUUCUUCUCUUGGUCCUGCCUGCCAUCUGGCUGCGCGUGGUGAACUCGAAUGUCGUUGAGCCGUAUCUGGACGAGGUGUUCCAUGUUCCCCAGGCCGUGCGCUACCUCGCGGGUAGAUGGCGCGAAUGGGAUGACAAGAUCACCACCCCGCCUGGACUCUAUAUCAUAAGCUAUCUCAUCCUUGAUAAGCCGGGCUUGAUUCGGAGCUUCAUCUGCGGCUUGGUCGGCGGCUUUGGCUCCCUCGAGAACCUGACUGCGACUCUUCGCGAGACCAACGCCUUGGCCAUCUUUGCUAUUGCGUACUUUGUUGCGGAAUGUCGCCAAUAUCUGGAGCACCGAGCGGCUCCGGGGAAGGAGAGGCAGCCUUUGGCUCCCUGGCCCUCGCUCUACGCGCUUCACUCGGGCUUCAACGUCAUCAUGUUCCCCGCCAUCUUCUUCUUCUCGGGCCUCUACUACACAGAUCUGUGGUCCUUGGUGGCGGUCCUGAACGCGUAUAAGAUACACCUCGACCGCGUCGCCCACGCCCGAGAUGGGUUGUCGGUUCGGCGGGUCGCCAUGGCUCUCUGCGCCGGCAUCCAGGCCCUUGCCAUGAGGCAGACCAACGUGUUCUGGGUGGUCGUCUACCUCGGAGGCCUCCAGGCCGUCGAUGCCGUCAAGUCCCUGCCGGCCUCUGAGCCCUCUCAAGAUGACGCCAAGACUACCUCUCAGCAAGGCCCGCCGGGAACUCGUUUCGAGGAAGUUCUCAGGACCUCACCAUACGCCUAUCUUCGGUACUGGGCAGCUGGAAACAUCCACGACCCGUCACUAGCAGAUGCUACAUUCUUCGAUAUGAUUCUGCUGGCGACUAGUCUCGUCGUUGCUGUCUUGUGCAACCUUCCUCGAGUUUUGGCGCAGGUCUGGCCCGAGGUUCUUGUCCUGGGAGUCUUUGGCGGCUUUGUAGCCUGGAACGGCGGCGUCGUGCUUGGCGACAAAUCAAACCAUGUGGCCACCAUCCAUCUGGCUCAGAUGCUGUACAUCUGGCCCCUCUUCGUCUUCUUCUCCGCGCCACUCCUUGUCGGCUACGUGAUACCCGUCCUGUCGUAUCUCUACCGAGUGGCCAGCCGCCUUCCCUGGAACAUGCGCAAGCAGCCCAUUAAGACUGGCGUCUACUUGCCUUGCCCGUGCGGUGUCCAGCACUCCCUGUCGCCUCACAUCGCCUGGUACCGCUGCAAGACGGCGAUGUCGUACCUCUUGGUGGGCGUCUCGCUUGCCAUGGCCGCUGGUAUCGUCCACCUGAACACCAUAAUCCAUCCAUUCACGCUGGCGGACAACAGGCACUACAUGUUCUACGUCUUCCGGUACACGAUCCUCAAGCACCCGGCGGUGAAGUACCUGCUCGUUCCGGUCUACGUCAUUUGCCAGCGCCUCUGCUGGCAGCUUCUUUGCGGAUGUUCCCACCUGGGCUUGGCCGAGACUACGUGCCACAGUUGCCCGCUGCGCUCCUUCAACUGCUCGGGUGCGGUUCCUGAACGUGUGCACUCCUAUCACUCGAGCCCCUCUAGCCCUUCGAAGGAGUCUGUCGCGUCGAAGAAGAGCCCAGCGACCGACGACAACGCAAAGAAACCCGUCGGCCCUCUGGCGAAGGAGGCCAGCAAAGACGUAGUCGCGCCCGACACGCUACAGGGACCGAGCUCCGACUCGCAGCGGAGCGCCCAGCCGCUGUCCACAGCCCUCCUCUGGCUGCUGGCGACGGCACUCUCGCUCGUGACGGCGCCCCUGGUCGAGCCGCGCUACUUCAUCGUGCCCUGGGUCAUGUGGAGGAUGCUCGUGCCGGCCUGGAGGCUGCACGACUGCAGGGACGACACGCCGCUGGGCCCCUUCUACCACGGCAGCGACGGGGCCGGCGCCGGCAAGACGGCGACGGGCCGCCGCGGCCCACUGGCUGCCCUCAACUGGCUGGGUCAGAGGGUCGACCUGCGCCUGUUCGUCGAGACGGUGUGGUUCACGGCCAUCAACGUCGUCACCAUGUACAUGUUCAUCUACCGCCCGUAUGUCUGGAGGGACGCGGAGGGUAACGUGUUGGACGAGGGUCGCCUGCAGCGCUUUAUGUGGUGAAGCGUAGGCAGGGGGGAGAGAAUGGGAUUUCUUGCGCUUUUUUUUCGACCUAUGAUAUUGGCUGCUCCGGGGGGCAAGAGGCUACGACAGUUUUCGGUCUAUCAGAUGUCGAUAGGCUUACGCGGUGCUUUACUGUUUUCAAGUUCGCUCGGAUAUAGCAUGCUAUAGCGUGUAGAGGUAGGUACCAUCUGCCGAAGUACACAUGCAUCUAGCUUACCUGGAUACCUCCUGGCAACGCUGGGUUGGUUGGGGCACAUCUCAAAACAAUCAUUCCAUGCAGGACUGCUUUUGAGGGAGUGUUUAUAACGACGAAUGAGCGAGAAAGUACACAAAGCUACCUUGAAGGUUCAGACAGCAGGCAUGAGUCACCCGUUAGCUGUCUGCAG